CCUUAGGUAGUUAUAAAAUGAAGUCCUCACCACCUGUGAUUUUUUCAAUACUAAACUGAUCUGUGCUUUUUCCUUACUAAUGUGCUCAGGAGAGUGAUGUGGCCAUUGGCCCCUUGUUUUUAGUGAUCCUAACAGGCUAUCUGAAUAAAAAGAUCAAAGAAGAAAAGCUACUGCAAAUGCCAGCCAUAGCCUCCAGAAUGAAGGAGUUAAAGUCAUGGUACCUCAAAAAGAAGAAGAAGGCAUCAAAAGAAUUGACUAUCAAAAGCUGCAUGAAAUCAGAAAGUCAUACUACUGCCAACAACAAAAGAUUGACAAAAGCAAGCUGUACAAUUACAAGUCCUCCUAAAGACCAGGAAGAUGCCCUUUCAAAUGAUGAACAGAAGAAUGGGACAGCAUCCUUGGGGUGUGAAUCAGAAAAUCUAAAGGAAAGAAAAACGGGAAAUAAAAGGAAAAGUGAUUCGAAAUCCGAUGUUGCAAGAAAGAAAAUAAGAACAGGAGAGAAAUCAGUAGCUAAAGAGUCUUCUGAAAUGUUUCAAAAAAAAAUUGAUAACUCACAAAGCAGUAAGGAACUGGACACUAUUUAUGCCCAGGGAUGGCAUCAUAGUGUGGGUUAUUUGGUAUGUGGAAAAACAGGAGGAACAGCAUUCAGAGUUGGCAGUCGUUACCUGAUGACAGCAUUCCAUGUGAUUAGAGACAUUCUAGAAAUGUACAUGUUGGAAAUAAUAAAAAAUGCCCAGUCAGACCCAAAUCGCAAUGGCAAUUAUGCUAAGUUACUGGAAAAACUGAAUGUUAAAGAUUCUGGAUCUGAUGUAGAAAUGAAAAUAAGAAAUGGGAUUUUGGAAUGGCUGGAAAAUUCCAAGAGUCGUGGUUAUGUGAA